AUGAAAGUUCUCAACCUACUCGCACUAAUGAUAGUGAUGCUAACCUUAGCCAUAGUUAAUGCUCAAUAAGUUCCUUCAACUCUACCUGGAAGAGUAGUUUCACCUGGGGUUAGUGUUCCUCCAGAUCCAGAAGCUACUCGUCGUCCACCUCCUCCUACUGGCUCUCAUUCUGGAGGAAGAACAAACCCUCCUCCUCCACCACCACCACCUACAACCACCAGAAAAUGA